AUUUUCGCCACAGUGUGAGCUGGUGGAUCACAGUGGAGAAUUUACGGGGAAAUUUAGCCCCCAGCUGGGGGAGUUUCCAUCGUGGCAGAGGCGGAGUAACACUGAAGGGUUUGAUCUGCGAGUAAGGGCUUGUGGUCAAAGUGUUUGUACAGUUGAAGUCUCACAGCAGCAAACAAACAGGUCGUUCGUCUUAAACGCCGACUAAUAUCACAGCUUUGUUCCUGACACCUUUCUGUCCACUGCAACAACAAAGUGGUGUGGAAAGAUGAAGUUGCUGGAGCUGGGGGACUCCAUCAGUCGCUUCAGGUUUGCGCAGUCCUGUGUGGGGCUGGCGGGCUGCCUGUGUUUGUUCUACGCGGUCUGGACACCUUUCUGGCUGAAGGAGAGGGGUCUCUGGACGGAGUGGAAUAACACUAGAAGUGACCAGACAGGCAGCAAAGGCGUCUUCAAUGCCUUGGAAGCAGAGAGAGUGUUUGCUGUUCUUUCCUCGGUGAUGGCAGCGAGCACUGGUGCCCUGUGUCUGGUGUUUGCCCUCUGCUGGACAUCCGAGACGGUGCGCUCCUACUCCAACACUCGCUCCCUCCUCAUGGCCGGACAGGCACUCUACCCCACCACGCUGCUGCUGCUCACCAUGGCCUCUACAGGUUUCUUCUUCCUCCUCAGCUGGUCUCUUUUCACUUACCAGCACCGGGAAGAAAUCAGUCAAGACUUCUCCAGCCUCGGCUCCUCCUAUUGGCUCGGGGCUUUCGGAUGGGUCCUGCUGUUGGUCGUGGAGCCGAUAGUCUUUAUAGCUGAACAAGCUGUUGUGCCAGACAUCCUACCAGACUUAGAGAAGGCGGUGGAGUCGUGGCGGAUUUCCUCACAACUUAAGGCAGCUAAGCGCUCUUUCAGUGAUAGUUAUCACCCUGGUUACAGCGAAAGCAGCACUCCUCCACAGAGGUAUAUGUCAGCACCUUGAGUGGAGUGCAGAUAUAAGGACUUGACAGAGGCGAUGAAUGUGAAUGUGUAUGGUACAUGUCAACAUACACUGACUCAAUGAAAGACGAGCAAUUUUUCACAGUUUUCUAAAUCGAAGCAACUGGACUGAAUGAUUAGCCUGUGGAAUCAGUGGGACUGAAGGCUACAGCCUCCCGAAGAGGCGACCAUGGCCAUUCUCCAGUUUGUUUUCGGUAUAAACUGAAAUGAAAUGAAAACACACUAAGGAGCAACAAUGGUGGCUGGGAAGAUGAGAACUGCUCUCUGACAAAAGUGAUGUGUAGAACUGUGUUUACUAAGUUUUGAAGUUCAUAAAGUUUUUCCAGGUUUGCUGUUUCUUACAAAACACUGUCACAAAAAUUCAAGUACGGCCACAAUUCCAAAAAAAAAAAAAAAAGCUGGAACACUGUAAAAUGUAAAUAAAACAGACAGCAAUCAUUUGUAAAAAAAAACAACAAA